UAUAAUACAGAAUACCAGCAGGGCAUGAGGAGUCGCACGGGAAUACUGCGGCUUUUGUUUUGCUUCUCAAAACGGGCAUAUUUAGAAUUACUGUCUUUUUGUUGUAUUUUUAUAAUACUUGUACAGAUGCCUCAGUGGUCGAUGGGUAAAAGUGCCCGCCUUUGACUGCUUAAUACAAUGGGUUUUUGACUUUGCAUAUUGGUCCAUAUGGGAGUUUGGGGCGGAUUGUGUUAAUUCAAGUGUUUGAAUUAAAGCUAAGCUCUGCAGGCUUCAGUAUUAUAAAAUAAUCAAUGGAUUGCAUAAGUCCCAUGCAGAAUAAGAGAAGACAUAGUGGAGAGCUGGAACAGCGGCACAACCAGUCGAAAAGGCUGUGUAAUGGACUGGGAGGCUGUGGCCGGGUUGAAUGUGGUGCGGUGAUGGAAACUCCAAUGGACACGUGGGAUGCCCAAAAUCACAGCCCUCAAAAUGGACACAGCGCCAAUGUCCCCGGCAUGCAGGUGUUACCUGCCCCAGGACGCGGUGCAGGACAGUAUUGCCCCAGGUGUAUGGCAGGUGAACCUGGCCAUAUAAACCACAUCAUGAGGUAUUGAUCAGCAUUGCCGAUGACUCCUGGAGAAAAUGAAUCGACUGAAUAAACGGCCGAUGCAGAGAAGCAAUCUGCAGUUUAUCCGUACCGUGUGGGUUUUUUCCCGCAUGCUUUGUGCCUUCCAUGCAUUUUCCAACUGGCCUCACCUACCUACAGUAGUACCUAUUAUUGUUUCGCAGCAAUGAGGUUCACAUUACCAAGAACACUCCGAUGGUAAAAAAAAAAAAGGCCAUGAAUGAUGGUUUAUAUCACACUUUUAGUGAAGUGUGUUGAGAUUUUUUGCACUGUCCAUUUUUCAGUGUUGCGUGGUCUUGAUUUUCAAGAAGGAAUUACUGCUAUAAAAUGUAAUGUUAGCAAAGUCUGUGAAACUAUAUGCACAAAUAAUCUUUUUUUUUUUGUCUAUUUUUCUAAAAAUUUAAAAAAUAAUAAAUGAAAGAAUUUUCAUUUUUUUUUUUUUUUAAGUAUGUUCAUGGUUUAACAUUUCAAUUGCAUUUAAUUUGGUAGUUAAAUGUAUAUCAGGUUCAUUUGAAGGACAUUUUUGUAGAUAUAUUGUCACUUAUCUCAAUAGAUUUGUCUUUUGUUUUGUUUUCCUUUGUAGAAGACAUUUCAGUGUAUUCAGUGAUUUAACCUAUUUGUAUCCUUUAUAAACCAAUCCAGAAUAUUUUG